UUUUAAAUGUUUUUAGAGUCAACGAAUUAUUUAUUUAUCGGUUUUAACAAUUUUGCUGAAAAUAAUAAAAUAGUUGGAGUUAAAAAAAGAGGUUUUCAUAAGACUAGUUAAUUUCAGGGUACUUUAGUUUUCUGAAUUGCUGAAAAUUCGUUUUAACAAAAAAAAAUUCAACAAAUACUGACUAAUAACUCGAAAACUAUUAAUCUUAGAAGACCUUAGCUUACAGAUUUCAAACAACAAAACUUUAAAACUGGAGGAAAUUUUAAAUAAAAAUUUAUUGAAAAAUUUGAUUUUUCUUUCCUAUUGAUCGAAAGUUUUUUUAGUCCUGACUUUCCUACUUCUUAGAUUUUAGAACUAUAACUACCUACGUUGACACCAAUUAUUUUUAAACAUUUGUUCGUUAACGUAGUCAAUACUAAUUAGAAAAACCUAUUGAUAAUUAAAUCAACAGACUUGUCUUCAUCAUUUAAAUAUUAGCAUUUCAAAAUCAAAUUUAUUGGACGAUUAUUCGAAAACUAAUGGUCUUAGGCAAAACAUAAAAACGUGCUCGUAUUCUUUGAACGUUUUUACAUAAUGACCAGCUAAUUUCAAACCAUCUUAGUUUUCUAGUUGCUGAUAAAACAUCAAAUUCAGCUCUAGAUUUUUACUUAAAAUGACCAAAAAUCGACAAAUAUGGACCAACAACCUGAAAACCACAAAUCUUAGAAAACUUUGUUUAUAGAUUCGUUAAUUAUACACGCUUUUAGAUCCAAAAAAUAAAAUUGUAUUUUUUUAAUCAAUAAAACAUUACUUUACUUUAAUUUUUUGUCUAUAGCUAUUCUGCUGAAAGUUUUUUGAAGAAUAUUUUUUAUAAUAUGUUCAAUCAAAAGUAUUAUUCGUAUUUUAAAGCAUACAAGGAGUACAGAAAACUAUAGAUACAAACCUAUCAGACCAAUUUUUUUCAGACAGUUUCUGAAAAUUUUGUAUAAAUUAAUUUUUGUUUCUGUAAGAAAUAGACAGAAAUAUGCAAAAAGCGCAAUAGUUUAAUGAACUUUACAACUUCUUACAAACUCAAACCUUGAUGUUAUUUGAUUCUACACCAACACCAACUGAAAAUAUACAUGAAAAAUUCGUAGAUAUUAGAAAAAAUUUGAAUACGCCUUGCAAAAUUUUGCUUAACAAAAAUUUUAAAAAAAUACCAUUUAAAUACCAAGUUUGUAACAUUGAGAUCUAGGUAAUAUUAAUAAAGCUGAAAUGUGUUUAUAAUUACGAAACCCCUGUUUAGAAAUCCGCCGAGGGUCCGGGCUUCCACCUGGCCCCAGUUUCGCAAGAAUCGUUUAAUUGAGUAAUUAGCUUUUAGCGUAGCGCCUAUAAAGCCGAUGCCAUUAUCACGUUUGUGGUAAUUUGGUCGAGAUGGCUCUACAAAUUACACGAAAAAGUAUUUCUCCGAUUGCAUAACAGUAGUUUGAUGUGGCCGUCGUUCGGGAGUCAAUUAUCAGUGCGGUAGCCGUCCAGGUGCUUGUUUUCGGAAUUAAACGAUAAUUUAUUCGCACCAAAUUGGUAUAAUUGGUGUCUCCGAGGUCGAAACGGCAACUGGAAUGUCUAAAACCGGGAGCUCGUUCGCUUUAAUUGAACUAAUCUCCCGGACCAUUCAGCAUACAUUAAUUAACACAUCGGAAUUUGAAUAAAAUGCUCGUUAUAGGAUUGGAAAGUGGUGUUUUUAAAUUUAAACUUAAAUUGGUCGCUUUUUUUAUAGAUACGGCUUUACGACUCCCCAUUGAUAAAACUCGUGAAAUGUAUUUUGUUGGGAGCGUUAGUAGUAUAAGCGAACAAUUAGUGCUAAUGAGGUCAUUAUCUAAUGACCGCUGCAACUUUCUCUUAAUGACCGCUACACUUUGGCCGCUACAAUUUUGCUAUAUGUCAUACAAUAUAUAAGACCAAAGAAAAUUUAGGAAAAUAUUCAGUGUUGUUCUCGUGUUUGUUCUUGAAGAAGACGUCUUGGUGUAUUGUGAAAUUAAGAUGCCUGGAAAACGUGUAUCUUCUAUGCCAUUGAAAAAAUCAUCUCCGAAGCGUUUUAAAGCCCCAGGUGAUGGUGGAUGUGUAGAAGAAGAGGAAAUUAGUGCUUCGCAAGUUCCAUCGGUUCCGAAGUCGUCUUUGUCAGCAUUUCCAGCUGCUUCACCACCACCACCACCACCAUCGCAAUCCAUAGAAUUAGCGAGAGUAUCUGAAAUAGGUCUUAGCCAAGCUGCAUCCCCCAAGUCGCCUCAGCCUAUCCACGCUGAAGAAGACAUCAUAACACCAGCUGAAUGGUCGGAUCCUGUGUUGGAGCGAUCGUUGAUGGAAAUGGCCGACAACAUCGAGAAAAAUGAAGCUGAGAGAAGUGAGAAAGAUGAAGCUGAGAGAACGGCUCGGAUGGUGAUCAAUGAGAAGUUUCGUUUAAUUCAUGAAGUGGUGUAUCCUAUAACUAAGUCUGGUAGCAAACUUUUAUCGAUUGGAGUAAAACCACUCCAUGAUUUUGUGCCGUUGUUGAAGAUACAUAAUCCAGAAUUAACAUCGGCGAUAAGUUUUUCUAUUGAAACCUUUGAAGAGUUUUUAAAAGAAAUGAGCAAGAUCUUUGAAUCAAGAGAGGAGGACGAAGAAGUAGAAGAAAUUAGUGUUCCAGAAGGUCAGAUGUUGUGUAUGCUAAGUGGCUACGUCGUGGUGGUUUGUAGAUAUAAUACUCUUCAAUUUAUACCUAGUCAACCCAGCGUGUACAAGGGCAUUUAUUUAUCAUUGAACACAAUUAAAACUGUCGUAAAUAUGGGCGAGCAUUUAUUGAAUCUGCUUCAUGCAAGAAGAAUUCAAUAUAAAUUCUAUCCAUGUUACGAUAGUUUUAUAAAUAAUGUUGCGCUUGAUGUUAUGGAGAAUGGAUGUAAAAAUUUAUCUCAAAAAUUGUAUGAUAUUAUUAAGAAUCGGUAUGAACAAAAUGCAACCUUGUAUGAGAUAGUUUUGAAACUGCCUGUGAAUGUAAAAACUGCUGUCGAAAAUAGAAUACAAUAUUAUAGGGAAAAUAAUGAUUAUAACUGUCUGUGAUAAUAAAUAAUUAAAUAAAAUGUA